AGAAAUUAUAUUUUCAUUUUAAAUGUCGAAACUGCUAAAUUAAGUAAACAUUUUUCGGAAAACAAAACAAAAUUGCAAGUAAGAGAUAUCGUUAAACAAAAUGUUUAAUGCGUAUAAUGUCUACAGUUACGAGCAAGAUUAUCAAACAUAUCCCAUUUGCAACAACAAUAAUCCCGAUGAUUGGCAAUUCAAUAAACGUUACCUAAACCAAAAUUCCGAUGAACGUUUGCCCGAAAACCAAGUACUCCAUCCGUGCACCGGCCCAGAGCCACCAGCAACACCCUCAACUAAAACGCUGAAGCAAGCCAUCGCCUCGUUAAAUGUGAUGUACAGCGUUGCCAAUGAGGAGAUUCCGCUACAAAAUUACACGGCCGAAAGUGAUAUUUAUAUAAAUGAUUCGCUAAUGAACGCCAAUAUAAAGAGGAAAAGAUUUCGGAAGGUCACAAUGCCACGUCGAUUAGCUGAUCCGAAAAAGCUGGAAAUGAAUACUUGGUUGAAGCAUAUGGAUGAAUGGUAUACGGCGGAGAUGCGUAAGGAUUGUCCCCAAUUGAUGCUGAAUCACAGGAAGGAUAGGAAAGUGCGUAUUGCGCAAUUACAGCGUUGCUAGACUGAUGAAAAAUGCAGCGAAUAACUUGAGUUCAACUUUAGCUACCACAACACCGCGCAUAACAGAACUUGUGAAUAUCAUUUCCGGUAAAAAUUAUAAUUUGCGAAUCGAAAUCUUAAAUAUGGGUUCAUCUAUGGAGAAGCAGGAUAUAUUGCCUAUAAAACCUGUCUAGGCGUGACCGUAAAAAAUGGUCCAGGAACACUAUUUUGCUGGUUACUUUACUAAAAUCCGAUGAUAACGAUCGUAUGAGAUGUUCGCUUUUUAUCGAAGUAGUCUUAAAAACUAUGCUGCAUUCUAUCCAGAAUCAGGGACCGGUUAGAUCCUGCUCUAAUGGGUUUUACCUGACUACAAAUAAUACAAUGAAAACUAUAGCCUUUGAAAAAGUUUGUAGUUACAGUGACUUGAGAGGUAUGUCUUUCCAAGGCGUAACGGUCAAUAUUUGCUGUGUGUGUAUUUGUAAAUAUAUGCGCGUUUAUCUUAUAUAUACUAUUUAUAAAUCUUUACACCAACUAAUCAAUGUCACUCAAAUUUAAGGUAAAUAAAUAUUUUCUUUCACA